AUGGAUCAUUCAUCACGGUUUUCAUAAUGUGCUCGGUAACAUCGUCAAGGGUAGAGAAGCCAGUUUUUUUUCUUUUAAUUUCAUUGCAUCCAAUCCAUUUUCAACUUUGCAAUUCUUCUGUAUCACGAUGUUCUGUCUCAGAGAGCUGUGAUUGUAUGAUACCUGCCAUACAUUAGCCCACCUACAUCCCUUCUGCAGCCGAACGAGCGCACAAAUUUAGCUGAUUUAUCUCUGUUCUCCUAGAUUGUAUUAUAUUCCCGGAGGUGCCAAUUGCCCUGAGGUUGUCCGGGCAUCUACUGCUCGGCAUCGUUCGGAUAUAUUCCAAGAAGGUCGACUAUCUUUUCCAUGAUUGCAAUGACGUUCUGUCCCAGAUGAGGACGAUGUUCGCAUCAGUGCAUGUGAAUCUGCCAGCAGAUGCAGAUCGCGCAACAUUUCAGGCCGUCACCCUUCCAGACACUUUUGAACUUGAUGCUCUGGAGUUGGACUUAAUCUAUGAGGAUGAGUAAGUCCACAUUUUAUAAUUCGAUCAAUUUGGGCUGGUCUAUCGUUCUAGUUUCAUUUCCAAUAUCUUUUUACCGCCUUGUGAUUUAUUUAUACAAAACUGAGUUUCGUAUUUCCCUUCCAUGCCUGAUGUCACUAUGGUACAGGGCUCCUGAUAAUCAUCUGAGGACUCUUGAGCAGAUCACUUUACCAGGUCCUCUUUCUCUCUCUUCUCCCUCCCCUCCCCUCCCGGCCUUCAAUCUUCUCAACGAUGCGUGUGGUUAUGCCUUGCUUACAGUGAUGUUUUGUAUGCUUCUGUGGAUAUGUAGACCAGAUCCCAGUUGAAGGAGACCCAUAUGUAGCUUUCAUUAUUAGUGAGGUAAGAAAUAUAUUUAUCGAAAAAAUUAUUACUUCCCAUAUAGAUUUUCUUACAGUUUUUCUCCUAUUCCAGGAGAGAUUUGAUUCAUCUCCUCAGCCAGAGUCACGAAGCAUAUCUGGGGAGCCAACGGAUGAAAAGUAUGUGUACAUACAAUGCUUAUAUGCCCGAAAGAUUCUUACUCCAGAAAUGAUUUCAUAAUUUCAGUUUAAUUUAUUUUAUCUCUUUUCUAGUAUUCAUGGCUCGUAUCAAGAUAGUGGCCACCACGUCGAUUCUGUUCUGAACCAUGGAGCUUCUGUGGAAACUCACCCUCAAAGUGCUGACAUAGACCAUUCAGUUUACACUAUCUCCCCAGUUGAGGUUGCCCGCAAUGCUGCGCGCAGCAGCUCCGGUCUGGACUUCGGCCAUGAGAGUGAUGACCUCGAGAAUGCCAUCCUUGAGCCCCAUGGGAGUGCAGACAUGUUGAAGGAUAUAGGGGGCAGUGCUUCUCCGGCUGCUGGGCCUUUACCAGUUUCCGGAGAAGAGUCUCUGCCCUUCCUGGUGCGGGAGGAUUCUCAAGCUCUUCCAUCUCUAGAUGCAUCUGCAGGGCCGAAUACAGGUUGUUCUUACCUUCUUCAGAAACAGCUUCUUAAUCCCCUGACUGAAUAUCUUCAGUUUUUGUUUGCUUGUUCUACUUAAGAAUUUUGUGCUAAUGUAUAUAUAUAUAUAUAUAUAUAUAUAUAUAUCUAUAUAUACAUAUAUAAACUGAUUGCGCCCAAAAUCAUAGUUUCCUGACAUUUUUCCGUGAGUCUAUCUCUGUCAGAUGAUCUUUCAUGUGUUAUUGGAGUGAAAACGCUUGUAGAAUUCCAUGUUCUUUCUCUUUCAUGACAUUCUCUUUAUUCAUAUCUUCUUAGGUCUUGGAGGGCAUUCAGUUGAAUUGGAACUCGAGCCAUCCCCACAAGCUAAGAAACAGAAAAGGAAAUCAAGGAAGAGGAAACAGUUCUUCGAUGCAUCCCUAGUGUUGACUAAUGAGUAUGCUUCAGUUAAAAAUAUUUCUUAUAUCUAUUGAGAUAUUGUAUGGUAUUUGAAUAAUCUCCCUCACCUGGUCAACGCACUCUAUGAUCAGUUUGAAUAAUCUCGCCUCAUAAUGAAUUACCUAUUGAUUUUCUUCGUGUGAUUCUGAAACUGCUCCACACGUUUCCCCAGAGAAAUGAAGAGGCAGCUUGACGACACUGGUGGGAUAGUGCGCAAGCGGCAAAAGCUUCCUCGUUCAGCCUUUGAUAACUGGAUGUUUCUGAAGAACACGCAGAAAGAACAGAUUUUCGACGGGCCUUUACUUCCUGGUAAUUCCCAUUUUCUGAUCCCUCCGUUGACUUCCUGACAACAUGUUAUACCAUAGUUUCCAUUAGAUCCUGCUCUGGAUCCCGGGCUAGCCCGUUUUAAGUAUAUUGACAAGUUAUCGUGCUUCGUUCAAGGAAUAUGCAUCAAGCUUCAAGAAAUAUUGGACAGAACCAUUCCUACUCAAGUCAACGCCGCCCCUCCCAACAGUGUUGAUGACAUGGACGUGGAGAUUGAGCGGGCCAGGGACGACGGAACCCACGCUGAAGCCAUAUUUGAACCAAUGCCAUCUCCAAGUGAGAGAGAAGAGCCCUCACUUGUUCACCCCAGCGAUUCAUCAGUGCCCAGAACAACGAUAACUCCGGAGCCAGAGGUUCAAUGGAGACCGGAGAUUCUCACUUCAUAUGAACAGCUUGAGCCUGGGACCUCCCCAGCUGAUAUAGGGGAGGCACUUGUGCCAGAAAUGGCUCACUCUCCCGAAGUCCCCGGUCUACAGCAGAGUCCUGUGGAAGUAAGUUUAUUUUUAUAAUAUAUAAUUUAAUAUCCUGCGGAUUCAUAAACUAGGAAUAUAUUUGUUUUCUAAGUUUAUGAGUGGUAUAAUGUUUCGUAAUUUUUGGUUUAUAUAAUGUAGGAUCUAUUAUUUCUUGAUACCGAGAGCACACCAUCAGGUAACCGAUACUUCCUAAUUUACCUGCAGUGGGGUUUAUUUUUCCGAGGAUUAUUUCCCCGUGAAUUGAGGUCAAACGUUGACUUUAUUUGCAGGUCAAGGGACAAGCGAGCUUGAUACCAUGUCUGCACGGACAAGGUAGAAGGGCUUGCUCCUAUUUUUUUAUUUAUUUUUAGCUGCUAAUUUACUUGGGCUAAAUAUGCCUGUAGAUGCUCUCAUUUUGAAUAAUAUUUUACAUUAAUUACGCAGGCUUGUGGCUAAUUUUUUCAAAGAGCAGUCUCCCAUGACUCAACUUUCAGAUGAUCGGUCUGGUCAACUCAGCUUGACCACGAUUCUACAGGGGAAGACAAGGAAACAGUGCGCACGGAUGUUCUUUGAAACUCUUGUGAGUAAAGCGUUUGUCUUUAUAUUAUCUCCAUUAAUGUCUGCCGAUGGGUAAAUUAAUGUAGGCAGAACUUACCAUUUUUGGGUUUCAGUAUCUGAAUUAUUUUUUGACGAUUAUCUCGCUUACCCUCAGCAAGAUCAUGUGAAAGUUGACCUUUUUUUGGGUUUAAUUCUUUGGAAUUGUUGGGAAUAUCCUCUAAAUAUUAUCAUUUUAAUCAUUAUAAUAAUUUCUUACUCCAGGUUUUAAAGACUUGCGAUCUCGUUGAUGUAAAUCAGGAAGAGGCUUACGGUGACAUCCUGGUUACAUUGACACCAAGUCUUUCAAAGUCAACGUUAUGA